AUGUCAUAACUCAAGUCCAAAUAUAACCAAUAAUAAUGUAACAAUGCAGUAAUGUUGUUUAUUUGUUGGUUUCUGUUAUUUCAGACAGACAGUGUAAACCUUGCCUAGAUGGCUGGAUGCACCUCCAGUCCAGCUGUUAUGCAAUCUUUAACCCUGAUACUGCUGGUCAGAAAACCUGGGAGGAAGCUCAAGAGAACUGCAGAGCAAAGAAUUCAGACUUGGUUGUAAUAGUUAAUGAAGAUGAAAAGACAUUCAUCAGUGAUAACAGUUGGGGAAGUUCAGGACUCACUGGCUACUGGAUUGGACUGAGAGCUGAAAACAGGAAAUGGAAGUGGUUCGAUGGAGGUGAUCUGACUGAAAAAUCCUGGAUAACACAACCUGCUAACAACGGCUACUGUGUAAUUUCUGUCAAAAACCAAGAAUGGAAAUCAGUGUGGUGUGGAACCAAAAACGGUUUGAUCUGCAAAAAGGCGGCUUUAUCUGUUUAA